UUUAUAUCACUCCCCCCCUCUCUAUCUUUCUCUCUAAACACAUCCUCUCCCCUCACAACACGAGAGAGAGAGAGAGAGAGAGAGAUGUCGCCGGGGCCGAAGGCGGAGGAGCUCGUGCCGUUCGCCGUGAAGGAGCAGUUGCCGGGGAUCGACUACUGCCUCACUAGCCCUCCGCCAUGGGCGGAAGCUAUGCUUCUGGGCUUCCAACACUACUUGGUGAUGCUGGGCACUACAGUUAUCAUACCCACCAUUCUAGUCCCCCUAAUGGGCGGCAGACAUGAGGAGAAGGCGAGGGUGAUUCAGACGCUGCUCUUCGUGGCUGGGAUCAACACUCUGUUGCAGGUUCACUUCGGGACGCGGCUCCCCGUUGUGAUCGGGGGCUCCUACACUUACCUCCUCCCCACCAUCUCCAUCAUACUCAGCAGACGCUACGCCUACAUAAUCGACCCUUAUGAGAGGUUUGUGCUCACCAUGAGAUCCAUACAAGGGGCUCUUAUUUUAUCCUCCGUUUUUCAGAUAGUUGUUGGGUACUUUGGCCUCUGGAGAAUUUUUGUUAGGUUUCUUAGCCCCCUCGCCGCAGUUCCCUUUGUGACCUUAUCAGCUCUUGGACUUUACUAUAUUGCAUUCCCUGAACUGGCUAAAUGUGUAGAAAUUGGGCUACCAGCACUUGUUCUUCUAGUCAUAUUCUCUCUGUAUGUUCCACAUUCAUAUACAAGAAGAAGAGUGAUCUUCGAUCGAUUCGCCUUGUUAAUCGUCGUGGCUAUCGUGUGGCUCUACGCGUUUAUUCUGACGGUUGCUGGUGCGUACAGAGAUAGGCCUCCAGAGACCCAAUUUAGUUGCCGUGUCGAUCGCGCCGGACUUAUUUACGCCUCUCCUUGGGUUAGAGUUCCUUAUCCAUUUCAAUGGGGAGGUCCCCGUUUUCAUGCGGGAGAUGUUUUCGCCAUGAUGGCCGCUUCGUUCGCAUCACUUAUCGAGUCGACGGGCACUUUUAUUAUUGCAUCGAGAUUCGCAAGUGCGACAUUUAUACCACCUUCCGUUUGCAGCCGCGGAGUCGGGUGGCAGGGAAUAGCUAUUUUGUUGGAUGGUAUUUUUGGUACUGCAAAUGGCUCAGCAGCAUCAGUUGAGAAUGCAGGUUUAUUGGCUUUGACACGAGUCGGAAGUCGACGUGUUAUUAAAAUUUCGGCCUGUUUUAUGAUCUUCUUCUCAGUUUUCGCAAAAUUUGGGGCAGUUCUUGCCUCUAUCCCAUUUCCGCUUGUUGCCGCACUCUACUGCGUCCUCUUUGCCUAUGCUGCUUCUGCAGGAAUUGGCCUCCUUCAGUUCUGCAAUCUUAAUAGUCUAAGGAAUAAGUUUAUUAUCGGCAUUUCUUUGUUCUUGGGCUUGUCGAUCCCACAAUAUUUUAGGGAGUAUGAAACUGAAGCCGGUUUUGGCCCCGUGCAUACCCGUUCGAGAUCGUUCAAUGAUGUUGUUAAUGUGAUAUUCUCGUCGCCUGCAACAGUCGCGGCUAUAAUUGCUUAUUUACUGGAUUGGACUCACCUUUAUUGGGAACCUUCGGUUAGAAGAGAUAGCGGUUGGCAUUGGUGGGAGAAAUUUAGAUAUUACAGCACCGACACGAGAAGCGAAGAAUUUUACUCCCUCCCUUAUGGCCUAAGCAAAUAUUUUCCUUCACUUUAGUUGCAGAUACGUAGUAUUGUUAUGAAGAACUACGACAAACACGAGGACGAAAGAAGAUGAUUAAUUGGAACAUUUUCUGUAUAGCUCUCGAUUCCAAAACAUUUGGCAAGAUGAAUUACCCAUGUGGCAUGACCUUUUUAAUUAAGAGUUAUUGAUUUGUUGCUUGUCUACAAUAAUAUACAUGUUUCUAAAUGAGGAUGAUCCAAGUUCUCUUAAAAAGGGUUUUACGUUUUUCUUGGAUUUAGUAGAAUUAUAUGUACCUUGUCUAUGCAGAUACUGAAUUUGAAUACAACCGUCUUUUGGUUUAUCUUAA